AAUCAAUGCGGUAGAGGGAUUCCUCCCAAGCAUUUGCAAGGAAGGCAAUUAGUUCAGUUAGUCGACAGCCUGCAGCCAGCCAGUCUGGGCUGCUCCCAAUGACUCGCAAGGAAUCCAAAAGGAGAGCGGUUGCAAUAAUUUCCUAUUAUCGCUGCAGUUUGGGCUUCUUUUGAGAACAGAUCUUUGUUUGUUUGUUUGUUUGUUUCCUCGGAGGGUGCGCGGUUUUGGUUGGGCGACUUCUUUUUUUUUUGUCGCUAAAGUUUUGCAUUUGGGGACUGGUGAUUUUUGGGGGUUAAAACUUGGUCGGGGACAGCGGAGGACGAGCCAUGGGCUUUGAGCUGGAUCGCUUCGAUGGGGAGGUGGAUCCCGAUUUCAAGUGCAACCUGUGCCACAAAGUCCUGGAGGAUCCUCUCACCACCCCUUGCGGUCAUGUGUUCUGCGCCGGCUGCGUCCUGCCUUGGGUGGUGCAGCAGGGCAGCUGCCCGGUGCAGUGCCGGCGGAUCUCCACCAAGGAGCUGAACCACGUCCUGCCCUUGAAGAGCCUGAUCCUCAAGCUGGACAUCAAGUGCGCCAACCAGGCACGGGGCUGCCCCAAGGUGGUCCAGCUGCAGCACCUGGCCGCGCACGCCGAGAUGUGCGACUACUCGCCGGCCCGCUGCCGCCACCAGGGCUGCGUCGAGGUGCUCAACUUGCGCGACGUGGACGCGCACAUGCGCGAGAGCUGCCCGGCCCGGCCGGUGGGCAUCUGCCAGCAAGGCUGCGGCUUGGUGGUCACUCACCGCGAGCGCCAGGCCGGCUCGCACUGCUGCCUGCGGGCGCUCCGGGCUCACGACGCUGCCCUGCAAGCCAAGCUGGCCGGCCUGGAGAAGGAGCUCAAGAAGGAGGCGCUGCGGGCCGCCAAGAGGGAGAAGUCGCUCCUGGCGCAGCUCUCGGCCGCGCAGCUUGAGCUGCAGAUGACGGCGCUGCGCUACCAGAAGAAGUUCACCCACUACAGCGCCCGCCUCGACUCGCUCGGACGUAGCCUGGCCGCCGCCGCGCCCGCCAAGGGUGAAGAAACUAAAGCACUCAAUCUUGUCCUUCAUCGUGAUUCUGGAUCUCUUGGAUUUAAUAUAAUUGGUGGACGACCAUGUGUGGACAAUCAAGAUGGCUCAUCUAGUGAAGGAAUUUUUGUGUCUAAAAUAGCUGACAGUGGGCCUGCUGCCAAAGAAGGGGGACUGCAGAUUCAUGACAGGAUUAUUGAAGUAAAUGGAAAAGACUUAUCUAAAGCAACCCACGAUCAAGCAGUAGAAGCAUUCAAAACAGCUAAAGAUCCUAUUGUGGUACAGGUCCUUAGGAGAGCCCCGCGUACGAAAAUCUUCAGUUCCUCUCAUGAAUGCCUCCUAGUUGAUAUGGGCACUCAGACCGAUAUCACCUUUGAACACAUCAUGGCUCUAACCAAGAUGGGCUCAUCUACUCCACCAGUUACAGUACUGGAUCCUUAUCUCUUACCUGAAGAGCAUUCAUCAGGGCAUGAAUACUAUGACCCAAAUGAUUACAUGGGAGGCAUUCAUCAAGAAAUGGACAGAGAAGAGCUAGAAUUAGAGGAAGUGGAUUUGCAUCGAGUGAACAGCCAGGAUAAGUUUGGGCUUACCGUGUGCUACAGAACUGACGAUGAAGAUGAUAUCGGCAUUUAUAUCAGUGAGAUUGAUCCCAACAGUAUUGCUGCAAAAGACGGCCGCAUCCGAGAAGGCGAUCGUAUAAUUCAAAUUAAUGGCAUAGAGAUACAGAAUCGGGAGGAAGCUGUGGCACUUCUUACCAGUGAGGAAAGCAAGAAUGUCUCCUUGCUCAUAGCAAGGCCAGAAAUUCUCCAGUUGGAUGAAGGAUGGAUGGACGAUGACAGAAAUGAUUUUCUGGAUGACUUGCACAUGGACAUGCUGGAGGAACAGCAUCACCAGGCAAUGCAGUUUACUGCCAACAUGCUUCAGCAGAAGAAAAAUGAAGAGGACGGAGGCACCACAGACACCGCAACUAUUUUAUCAAACCAACAUGAGAAAGACAGUGGCGUAGGUCGUACUGACGAAAGCACCCGAAAUGAUGAGAGUUCCGAGCAAGAAAACAAUGCAGACGAUCACACCACUUUCUCCAACACCCUGGGAAGCCAGAAGAAGCUCACAUACAGCCAGGACACGCUGGGCAGUGGCGACAUGCAGUUUAGCAACGAGUCGUUCAUUUCAGCCGACUGCAUGGAUGCAGACUUCCUGGGCAUCCCGGUGGAUGAGUGCGAGAGGUUUCGUGAACUGCUGGAGCUCAAAUGCCAGGUGAAAUCCACCAACGCGUAUGGUCUGUAUUACCACAAUAGCACCCCUGACAUCAGUAAAAGUGACCAAGAAAGUGUGGACAGAGAGCUGGAGAUGCUGAAUGAGGAACUGCGUAAUAUCGAGCUGGAGUGCCUCAACAUCGUGAGAGCUCACAAGAUGCAGCAGUUGAAAGAGCAGUACCGAGAGCCGUGGAUGCUGCAUAACAGUGGCUUCCGCAACUACAACACAAGCAUCGACGUUCGCCGGCACGAGCUGUCAGAUAUCACAGAGCUCCCGGAAAAGUCGGACAAGGACAGCUCCAGCGCUUACAACACAGGGGAAAGCUGCCGUAGCACACCUCUCACGUUGGAGAUCUCCCCCAACAAUUCCUUAUGCAGGACUACAGAAGGGCUCGAUCUGCAAGUCAGCGAAGGGGCAGAAGCACAGGGUAGCUCUCAGAAAAACUUGCUGGCGUGCCCAGACAGUCAAGAAUCCAGUGAGGCUAAGCCACACCCAAAAGACGCCGAGCCUGGCAAGCAACUGGAAAGCAAAGAGAGGAAAGCCGCUGAUGGAAGCAAAAGUCCAACUCAGCCCCCAAAACCGGGUAGCUCCUACUUGUCCUCAUACCAGCACUCCCCAUAUAAACAUGCCCAUAUCCCUGCCCAUGCCCAACACUACCAGAGCUAUAUGCAGUUGAUACAACAGAAAUCAGCAGUGGAAUAUGCACAGAGCCAAAUGAGUUUAGUGAGCAUGUGCAAAGACUUGAACUCUUCAAACCAGAGCGAACCCAGGAUGGAAUGGAAAGUCAAGGUGAGGAGCGACGGCACCCGCUACAUCACCAAGAGACCUGUAAGGGACAGGCUACUGAGAGAACGGGCCAUAAAGAUUAAGGAAGAGCGCAGUGGCAUGACCACAGAUGACGACGCCAUCAGUGAAAUGAAGAUGGGCCGGUACUGGAGUAAGGAGGAACGAAAGCAGCAUCUGGUGAAAGCGAAAGAGCAGCGGAGAAGGCGGGAGUUCAUGAUGCAGAGCCGGCUAGAAUGCCUGAAGGAGCAGCAAGGGGCCGAGGAGAAGAAGGAGAUGAACAUCAUCGAACUGAGCCACAAAAAAAUGAUGAAGAAAAGGAAUAAAAAGAUAUUUGACAAUUGGAUGACCAUCCAAGAACUCUUAACCCACGGCACAAAGUCUCCCGACGGCACAAAAGUUUACAACUCCUUCUUGUCCGUGACGACAGUAUAAUUCUCCCGUGCCAAAGUUUUGUAUAUAAAACCCUACCAUUGGGGUAGAGAUUCCUGCCUCGUUAAAUGCGGCAACACUGGUUGAUUUUGUAUAUAAAGACACACGUCGAGUUUCUAAUUCAAAGACUGAACUGUGGGUGCAGCCCUCCUCAGCCGGGGGAAGAGACAGACACCCACCCAACAUCUUUAAUGGCAAUAUUGAACAGACAGAGCUUGUUUGGAAUACCAAUAGUACCUUUUUUGUAACUUGCUACCCUUUUACAUAAAGUGUUUUAAAUAUCGGGAAAAACAUAUUAAUCAUACUUACACAGGUAAUUUUAAACCUAUAUUCAUAUUUAAUUUAAAAAGGUUACACAUGCAGAAACUCAAAAGACAACUUCAAAUAUGUAUUUUUAACAAGAAAAGACACCCAGUAUUUUGCAAUAUAUCUUUGCUACUGUGCCCUUUUUCUGCACAUGAUACUGUUUUAUCAUUCUUUUAGCUGAACUACCAAAAUCCCAAAAGGAUUAUUUUGCAGGAAUAUGCAUCAUUUAUCAAACGGGCUGGGUCUUUGGGACUGGGUAUACAUUCUGAUUUGCCUCUUGGCACGGUUGGCUGCUUAACUGGUGAGUUCCCCAAACAUAGCCUAGCUGUCCCGUGUUCAGUAAGGUUCUGUUUUUGCUGUCGGCCGGGGACUGUAAAAUAGGAUUGUCAACAAAGUGGCUGGGUACUAUACACAUCCCGUGGGCCAUAAAUUGUACAGGCACGAUUUCAGAGGGACGGCUGAAAAUGUCUGGUUAACUGCAGAGCAAUAGCCAGAGGUAAUGUAUUGAGCGCUGUGAAUGUACCAGGGGCUGAAGCAGCAUAGCUAACAUAAUAUGGGGAUGGAGGGCACCUAUAGUAAAAGAACGCAGCCCGGUAAAGUUCUAGUUAACAUCCAAACACUUUCAUCCUCUGCUAUUUCUGAAAGAAGUUUGAAGGUUUCGUUGAACGAACAGGAGCAAAACAGUGGCGUCCUGCAGCCCAGAAGGAAACUGAAGCAAGUUUGCCCAGGCUGUGGCCUGUCGAAAGAACGUGCAUGUAUGUCUAAUGUUUUUACAAGGCUGUUUGUGUACUUUGAAAUGCCCAUUGUAGUAGCUGUCUGCUUUGUAGAUUUGAAUGUAUUGAAAAUGAGAGCAGUUUUCACACAAUCAUGACUAGUUAUAAACAUUAACAAGUAAAAUGAAGUUUAAAAAAAAUAAAUUAUUGUUUUAUAUUUCA